GGUAGAUGAGAAUGAAGAUCUUAGCAUGUUGAGGAAUGGAGGGACAAUGGCCACCAAUGCAUUCAAGCAGCUGGAGAAUGAGAAAACAGCGCUGGAAAAACGGAUCGAAGAAAUGGCGAAGGAAAUGGCGGCUUCAGAGAAGCUAAAAGCGGAAAUUGAGAGAAGGAAUAGAGAACUUGAGGAGAACAUUAAGUUAGUGUAUGAAGAGACAGAGCGAGAGAAACGCAAGCUUGAGAAAGACCUCAAGGAUAGCAAAGAGAAGGUAGAAAAGCUGCAGCUGGAACUGCGGACCGUGAAGAAGAGAGCAAAGGACCUUGCGGAGCAGCUCAAGAAUGAGCAGAAUGCAAAUUGUGGGAUAGCGCGAGAUAAACGUAUGCUGGAGGAGGAGCUAAAGGGAAGCAUAGAUCAGGCCGCAAAGUAUAUGACCAUGGAGAAGAAGGUAAAAGAACUUGAGGACCAAGUCAAGAGGGAACAGAAUGCAUAUGGAGAGUUAGAGCGAGAUAAACAUAUGAUCGAAAAGGAGCUCAAGGAAAAGCAACUCGAGACUAGAGGCUGGGUUCUGAUAGGUCGAGGAGCUGCAACAGUUGGUGAAUGUGAAGAAGUCUGCACAACAUGGCGC